CCCGACAGGCUGGGGAAUGCAUGCAGCAAAGCCGCCCGGCAAAACGGGCAUCCACGCCUGGUUUAGCUGCCCCCGUCCCUGCGUCCGCCCGCCAGCCCUGCCUACCCUCUCUGUGCCUAUUUGUGCCUCCCACGCACCCGCCAGUCCUGCCUGAUGUCAUCGGGGGGACGAGCGCCUGCCUACUCGGGCCCCCAUUUAUCACGAUCAGCCUCCCCUCCUCCACUGCUUGGUCGUCUUCGCACCUCUUGUUGCUGAUUCGGAUUGAUCCUGUGUCCAUCUGCACGACUUCGACGUCAGAUCUGCGCUGGCCGCGCGUUGGCGCCGCAAUCCCGCGUCCUCUUCGGCUCCAUCGUCCUCGGACAAUUCUUCACCUUUUGUUUUCGCCGUGUAAAAAAAAACAUGGUAGCGGCCGCGUUUCACCAGCUCUCUGGCCCUCUUGGAAACCCUCGGCUGCCUUCGCAAAACAUCUCCACACCAACUACAGUGCUACCCGACACACAUACUUGCUGUCUACAAUCGACGGCCUAUAA